UCCGAGGAAAAUAUUUUUGGAUCCAAUUUAAAUGAGAGAUUUAAAAAUUUCAAGAAGGUGAUAAAGUUUUUUCUAUCGAGAGAAAUUUCCAUUUCAAACGUUUUAAUUCACAAUACAUAUGUCGAAAAUAAUCGACAAUGGCGGAUGGAAUUAUGAAGAAAUUGCCCGAAGAGGUUCCCAGUUAUAUACUUUCAAGACUUACAGUGAAAUCUCUAAUACGAUACAGAUGUAUCUCUAAAAUUUGGUAUACUCUAUUACAAUCCUCUUAUUUUAUCAAUCUUCAUAUCAAGCGCCCCACCACCACCAAAGACCAAUUUAUUCUCUUUAAACGAUCUCUUCGAGACGAAGAAGGGAAAUUUAAAAGUCUCUUGUCUUUUCUUUGUGGUGGUGAUGAUAGUGAUGAUCUUAUCCCCAUUACUCCAAAUAUAGAAGUUCCAUAUCUAUGUUCUAGUUAUGCUAGUCUGUAUCAUAGUCUCAUCGGGCCUUGCAAUGGUCUGAUUGUUCUGACUGAUACCCAAAGCAUUGUCUUACUUAAUCCCGCCACUAGGAAAUACAACCUGCUUCAACCCAGUCCAUUUGGCUGUCCACAGGGUCUCAACCGUUAUGUUCGUGGUCUAGGAUUUGGCUUCGACUUGACGGUGAAUAAUUACAAAGUUGUUAGGAUUUCAGAAAUAUAUUCGGAUCCCUACAAGGAUCCCUGCGUGAGAGGGUUCAAAGUUGAGAUUUAUGAUUUGGACAUUGAUUCUUGGAGAGAACAAAACUACGAGGAGGAAGAGUUGCCUUUGGUGUUUCGGGUUCCUUGUUCAGAGAUCUUUUACAAGGGAGUCGUUCAUUGGUUUGCAACUGCAGAUACAGAGGUAAUUCUUUGUUUUGAUAUGAGCACUGAUACAUUUCGUAAUAUGAAGAUGCCGGACACUUGUUAUGUUCUUGAUGGGAAGCGUUAUGGCCUUGUAAUUUUUGAUGAGUCUCUCACAUUGAUUUGUUAUCGUGAUCCAACAUGUGAGAUUGAUCCAACAGUGGAUAUGAUGGAUAUUUGGACAAUGAAAGAUUAUGGCGUAAAUGAUUCUUGGAUUAAGUUAUACACUAUUAGACCUCUUUCGAUUGAAUCCCCUUUAACGGUUUGGAAGGAUUUAUUGCUUCUUCAAAGUAGAACUGGACAAUUGAUUUCCUACAAUUUUAUUUCGGACGAAGUAAAGGAAUUUAAUUUACAUGGAUAUCCUUCAAGCUUGAGGGUUAUAGUUUACAAGGAAAGUUUGACUUCAGUUCCAAAAGAAAACGGGCAAGGCACACAAGCUCAAGGAAUUUAGAAAUGGCAUGGCUCUUUUGUUGUUGUUGUUGUUUUUGUUUUUUUUGUUUUUUUUGUUUUUUUUUGCUUUUUUUUUUUUUUUGAGUUAGUACCUAGUCUUCAAGAUACAGAAAAUUUUGGUGAAAUGUUUCAACACUUAUCCUUUGGUAAUUAGUUGAAAGGUUUUAACACUUAUCUUUUGGUGAUUAGUUGUUACCAUGAGCAGCAACCAAAUUAGAAAUAAUUUAUGUGCUACAAUUUAUUUGAAUGAUAUUUAAUCUAGCACUCAGAAUUGAUAUUUUUUUAUUUGUGCUUACCUAGAUAAUAAAAAAAUUAGAAACUUAAAGGUUCAAGUUAGCCAAAAAAAAAAAGGAAUAAAACGUAUGUUCAAUCUUCUUCAUAGGUGGGUUGUUCCAUAUUUGAUUCAAGUUAAUAAAAAUAUUUGCUUUCUAUGAGUAAUGUAAA